AUGGAAGAUAAAUCAAAUUCAUUCUCCAGCAACAAAGAUGAAAAAACGGAUGGGAAUAAUGUAUUCCAGAGGCAAGACUCGAUACAGAAGAAUAGCAUGGGAAGCCAGAAAGAGCACAGCAACUCUGUUGGCUUCAAGGCUGACCGGGAAGAAGCUAUGGUUGGUUUCGACGAUCUAGAUGGGGCAUCACGGCACGGCUUUAUGCAGCGGCAAUUCGGGGCAAUGAUGCAGCCCGGUGUCAAUAAGUUCUCCCUGCGAAUGUUCGGCAGUCAGAAAGCAGUGGAAAAAGAACAAGAAAGGGUUCAAACGGCAGGAUACUGGAUCAUUCACCCAUAUAGCGAUUUUAGGUUUUACUGGGACUUGAUAAUGCUCAUCAUGAUGAUGGGAAAUCUAAUCAUCAUUCCUGUGGGAAUAACUUUCUUUUCGGAGCAAACCACCACCACCUGGCUAGUGUUCAACGUGGCCUCGGACACCAUCUUCCUGGUGGACCUGGUCAUGAACUUCAGGACAGGGAUUGUCAACGAAGAGAGCUCGGAGAUCAUCCUGGACCCGAAGGUGAUCAAGAUGAACUACCUGAAGAGCUGGUUUGUGGUCGACUUCCUCUCGUCCAUACCAGUGGAUUAUAUCUUUCUAAUAGUGGAGAAAGGGUUUGACUCAGAGGUGUACAAGACCGCCCGAGCCCUUCGCAUUGUGAGGUUUACUAAAAUCCUCAGUCUCCUGCGUCUCUUGAGGCUCUCGCGACUAAUCAGGUACAUUCACCAGUGGGAAGAGAUUUUCCAUAUGACGUACGACCUGGCCAGUGCUGUGGUAAGAAUAUUUAAUCUCAUUGGAAUGAUGCUUCUGCUCUGCCACUGGGACGGUUGUCUCCAGUUCCUGGUGCCACUCCUUCAAGACUUUCCUCCAGAUUGCUGGGUGUCGCUAAACGGUAUGGUUAACGACUCCUGGGGAAAGCAGUACUCCUACGCCCUCUUCAAAGCCAUGAGCCACAUGCUGUGCAUCGGGUACGGGGCUCGCGCCCCGGUCAGCAUGUCCGACCUGUGGAUCACCAUGCUGAGCAUGAUCGUGGGCGCCACCUGCUACGCCAUGUUCGUCGGCCACGCCACCGCGCUCAUCCAGUCGCUGGACUCCUCGCGGAGGCAGUACCAGGAGAAGUACAAGCAAGUGGAGCAAUAUAUGUCCUUUCAUAAGCUACCAGCAGACAUGCGACAGAAGAUACAUGAUUACUAUGAGCACCGCUACCAGGGCAAGAUAUUCGACGAAGACAACAUCCUGAGUGAGCUGAACGACCCACUGAAGGAGGAAAUUGUCAACUUUAACUGCCGGAAACUGGUGGCCACGAUGCCGCUGUUCGCUAACGCUGACCCCAACUUUGUGACCGGCAUGCUGAGCAAGCUGAAGUUUGAGGUGUUCCAGCCCAACGACUACAUCAUCCGCGAGGGGACAGUGGGGAAGAAGAUGUAUUUCAUUCAGCACGGCGUCGCCAGCGUCAUCACCAAGCUCAACAAGGAAAUGAAGCUGACUGAUGGAUCGUAUUUCGGAGAAAUCUGUCUGCUGACGAAGGGCCGCCGCACCGCCAGCGUCCGGGCCGACACCUACUGCCGCCUCUUCUCCCUGUCCGUCGACCACUUCAACGAGGUGCUGGAGGAGUACCCCAUGAUGCGGCGGGCCUUCGAGACCGUGGCCAUCGACCGGCUGGACCGCAUCGGGAAGAAGAACUCAUUACUGCUGCAGAAGUUCCAGAAGGACCUGAACGCCGGGGUGUUCAACACGCAGGAAAACGAGAUAUUGAAGCAGAUUAUCCGCCAGGACCGGGAGAUGGUGAUGAUGGUGGACCGCAAGCAGUCGCUGGCCGGGAUGAACUCCACCCCGAUCUCUGGAAACUCCAUCAUUAACUCCCCCGCCCAGCCGCCCUACGCCACCGCCCUCAGCAACCCCCAGCUCCAGCAGUCCGGCCCCAUGACCUACGGCUCCCAGGCGCCCCGCGUGCUCCCCGCCCAGGCCGCCUUCCCCGCCUCCGGCGUGCCCCACGGCUCCUCCUCGGGCCCCGGCCCUCAGCAGCAGGGCGCCAUCAUGUCGCCCUGCUCCUUCACCGCGGCCGUGUGCAGCCCGCCUGUGCAGACCCCACUGUCCGGCCGCACGUUCCAGUACGGGUCCCGCACCGCAUCGCAGCUGUCCCUCGCCCAGCAGCCCCUGGCCCCGGCCCCGGCCCCGGGGCCCGCGCAGUCCCCCGCCCAGCCCUCGGCCCCGCCCCACCCCGGCUCCCCCCAGAGGAGCGACAUCCACAAGAGCACCCAGGCCCUGCACUCGGGCAGCCUGAGUCGAGACGUGAGGCACCUGUCCGCCUCGCAGCCCUCCCUGCCCCACGAGGCCUCGCUGGCGUCCCGGCCGCACCCGACCUCCGGCGAGUCCCUGGCCUCCAUCCCCCCGCACCAGACCUCCGGCGAGUCCCUGGCCUCCCUCCCCCCGCAGCCGGCCGCGGCGCCGGGCCCGGGGGCCCAGCAGGGCGGGGUGCGGGGCGGCGUGCCCCAGCGGGUCAGCCUGUUCCGCCAGAUGUCGUCCGGAGCCCUGCCGCCCGUGCGCGCGGCGCCCCCUACAGGCCAGCACAGGGAUUCCACCGGCUCCCGACGGGAGUCCGCAGUCUUAAGCAGUACAGAGACCGAGCAAGACAAGAUGCGCUUCGCGUCGAAUUUAUGA